GUUGUGGUCGUCGUCGUGGUCGUUGUCAUCGUACGGUCGUCUGUCGUUUCGUUUGUGCACGCUGGUGGCGAACGCGGUGCAGUGAGUGGCGUUAUUUCGGCGAUCCUCGGUUCGAUAACGCGUAAAGUUCCGCCGUGUCGUGUCGUGUCGUGUCGUGUCGCGUCGCGUCGCGUCGUAUCGUAUCGUAUCGUAUCGUCGUGUAGCCUUGUUACAGUCGCGUAUGAUACCACGAUGUGUCGACCUGUCGAGAGGCAUCCCCGAUCACGGUGGAAUCAAAGGGUAUAACCUGUCAUCGUCGCCGCCGCCAUCGCCAUCGCCAUCGCCAUCGCCAUCGCCAUCGUCAUCGUCACCGUCACCGACGCUGCCGACGACUACGUCGUCAGUCUCGAUCAGCUGUCUCGCGGGUGACCGUCCAAUAGCAGUGUUUCGCGUUUCGACUCAGCCUACGUGCUAGAACUGAAGGGUCUGGAGAGCACGGAGGCGAGAAGAAAUGAGUUGGACGUGACACAAUGACAUGAUGAAGAGCCUGGUGGGGAUCAUGUGGAUAGUGUUGGUGCUCAUAUCAGGAUGCUCAGGAAAUCCGGACGCGAAGCGACUGUACGACGACCUCCUGUCCAACUACAACAAGCUGGUUCGUCCAGUGGUCAACGUCACAGACGCCCUCACCGUUAAAAUCAAGCUCAAACUCUCGCAGUUGAUCGACGUAAACCUGAAGAAUCAGAUCAUGACGACGAACCUGUGGGUCGAACAGUCAUGGUACGAUUACAAGUUAAAAUGGGAUCCAAAAGAAUAUGGUGGGGUGGAGAUGCUGCACGUGCCAUCCGAUCAUAUAUGGAGACCCGAUAUAGUUUUGUACAACAAUGCCGACGGUAAUUUCGAAGUCACCCUGGCGACAAAGGCGACCUUAAAUUACACGGGGAAGGUCGAGUGGAAGCCACCGGCGAUAUACAAGUCUUCCUGCGAGAUCGACGUAGAAUAUUUUCCGUUCGACGAGCAGACGUGCGUGAUGAAGUUCGGCUCGUGGACUUACGAUGGCUUCCAGGUCGAUCUUCGACAUACCGACGAAAUCCAAGGCAGCAACGUCGUCGAUAUCGGCGUAGAUUUGUCGGAAUUUUAUACUUCCGUCGAGUGGGACAUCCUCGAAGUCCCAGCCGUGAGAAAUGAAAAGUUUUACACGUGCUGCGACGAGCCUUACCUCGACAUCACCUUCAACAUCACCAUGAGACGGAAGACUCUAUUUUACACCGUGAACCUUAUAAUACCAUGCAUGGGUAUCUCCUUCCUUACGGUGUUGGUCUUCUAUCUGCCAAGCGACAGUGGCGAGAAGGUCAGCCUAUCAAUUUCGAUUUUAUUGUCGCUGACUGUGUUCUUCCUUCUGCUGGCCGAAAUCAUCCCGCCCACAUCGCUCGUGGUGCCGCUUCUCGGUAAAUUCGUCCUUUUCACCAUGAUCCUAGACACCUUCAGUAUAUGCGUAACCGUGGUAGUCCUCAAUGUUCACUUCCGGUCGCCACAGACGCACGUGAUGGCACCGUGGGUCCGUCGUGUUUUUAUCCAUGUUCUGCCAAGACUACUGGCGAUGCGCAGGUAUAAUACGUCUUCGAAGAGAACCGAUUACGAUUCCAGGCCGCAGUAUCAGAUAGACAAACGUAGCAUGGCCGGUCAUCACGGUCAACGCGUGAUGGUCAGAACGUGCAAUGGUCUCGAAUUGCGGGAUCCAUCCUUGUUCGUGGAGACCUCGGCGUCGGAGUUGGUGGAAUCGUCCGUUCUGUUCCCGAGUCUCGAUUCGCGGGACGAAUUACACCCUCGGGAACUGGAAGCGGUGAAUUUGGGGAGCGCGUGUCGCAUUCAUGGAUCACCAGCGGCCACAGCAGCCCCUCCGCCGCAACUCCCCACCGAGGAGAGCGUCGACGCUCUCUGCAACACCCUUCAUCAUUGGCAUCACUGCCCAGAACUGUACAAGGCCAUCGAAGGCAUUCGUUUCAUUGCCGACCAUACCAAGAGGGAAGAAGACUCCACCAGAGUGAAAGAAGAUUGGAAGUACGUCGCGAUGGUUCUCGACAGGCUGUUCCUGUGGAUUUUUACACUAGCCGUGGUUGUCGGUACGGCGGGUAUCAUACUCCAGGCGCCAACGCUCUACGACGAUCGCAUUCCCAUCGACGUGCGACUCUCCGAGAUCGCUUCCACCACUGCCAAGCCACACAUCGUCACGAGCCUCUGAGAGACAAUUGUUAAUUUUCGUUAUUUACACGUACAACGCAUGCUCACGUACAUACAGAAAAAAACACAUACAUACACAACAUGUAUGUACGCAAACGCGCAAGGAACGAAUAUAAAAUGCGUUCACGUUGACCAGGAACUUUUACCAAUAGGUAAUACCCGGACGUGUACCGUCCAUCGUUUUGGUGUACUCGUACCGUCGAUAUUAUACCUUCUACAAACUGUGUCAACAGCGGUAACUGAUGGAAAACUUGGUUCCAAGGUACCAUACUCGAGGCAGAACAAAAUUACGCGUCACUAUUUCGUUUACCUUGUACCGAUCUGUAGAAAAUCUGCUACUCGCUCCACUCGACUCUGAUUUUUUAAGAUCGAAAACGCACAUCUACGGAUUCUCGUGCUCUCUGUCUCUCGAAGAAGCAAACCGACGGUGUACAACACGAUUCACCGAUAGAGAAAGUGACCUUAACGGGCUAGCUUUGUUCUUGCCUCGAGUAGGAUUAUUCAAAGAUUAUUCCGAUCGGAUUCGGUUACGAGUGUCGAUCUGCUCAUUUCAUUCUCUUAAGAAUCGUUUAUAUUUUUCAACGAGACGCUAAAUAUUUUUAUUUUCUAAUGCGUAACCGGUCAAGUCUGAUAUCUCGACAAACGUAUCCUUGCAUCCAUCGCGUCCUCUUGCAAAAUCUUGUAUCGUACAAUUUUUUUUUUUUUUUUUUUUUUUUCUUACGGUGCAGUUUAAGUAUUAUCGAACGAAACAGAGGUUUCUCGUCCCUGGUGUUAACGACUGAAAGACUCGAGAAUCGACGAGUCUGUGACUUUUCGCGUGAAUUAAGCGAUUAACGGCCAAUUAAUCGUGGUUGUUUGCCUGUUCGGCAACGAUUCUCACAGCAUACGCACACGGGUGGCGGGUGGCGGGCGGCCAGAACACGGAACUAUAAGAAAA